AAGAAAUUUGUUAAAAUUAGAAACUCAACGGAAAAAGUUGACAAUUAAAUAUACUACUUCGACUAAAACGGUAAAAAAGAAAUAGCACCGCUAGUUACUUUAACACAGUGUUAGUUUUAAACAAAAUAAAUAACCUAUUUCCUCUUACUUAAAAAAAAAAAAAAAAAGAAAAGAAAUUUACGAAUGCUUGUAUCGUCGUUUAGUUGACCGUUUAUUUCUUAAAAUGAUGUUGAAUAAGCCGGUGCACUUGUAAACGGCAGCGAGUCUUAAAAUAAAUUAGUUCGUAUUGCACGAGAUGUUUUCCCUCUUCUAUCGCUUUCACUUCGGCGAUAAGCUAACUAAGUGUACAUAGAGUAUCGCCAAGCCAGUCGACCUUAUAUAAGACAACGCCUGAACGUAUUUGCUUAGUCUCAUUGUUAAAUCCCCGUUGGCCAGAGGAACAUAACUUUUCUUAAACAUGACUUCCAAAGAAUCUCCUUUUGAUUCCGACUGCAUGACCCUGACGAGAUUCGUGCUCGCGGAGCAACGGAAAAUACCAACCGCCACGGGAGAUUUAAGUCAACUUUUAAACAACAUACAAACCGCUGUAAAGGCGGUUAGUUCGGCAGUUAGAAAAGCCGGCAUUGCUAGCAUGUAUGGAAUAGCCGGAUCUAAGAAUAUUCAAGGAGAGGAAGUAAAGAAGCUGGAUGUUCUAAGCAACGAGUUGUUCAUAAAUAUGUUAACAUCCACGUUUAAGAGUUACCUCCUCGUGAGUGAAGAGAAUGCGGAAGCUAUCGAAGUGGAAGUUGAAAAGCGGGGGAAGUACAUAAUUUGCUUUGACCCUUUGGACGGAUCCUCCAAUAUAGAUUGUUUAGUAUCGGUUGGCUCGAUUUUUGGUAUUUACAAGAAGCCUGAUGAAUCGAAGGGACCUAUGGCGGCAGACGCCCUUCAACCUGGAAAGAAUUUGGUUGCUGCCGGAUAUGCGCUUUAUGGUUCCGCGACUAUGAUAGUACUCUCGAUCGGUCAUGGAGUUAACGGCUUCAUCUACGAUCCAGCAAUCGGUGAAUUUAUCUUGACGGAAAGAAACAUGAAAAUUCCUUCAAGGGGUGAAAUAUAUAGUAUUAACGAAGGGUACGAGAGUAUCUGGGAUACAUCCAUAAAAGAGUAUAUCCGUUCUAAAAAAUAUCCCACCAGUGGAAAACCGUACAGUGCGAGAUAUGUGGGCUCCAUGGUCGCUGACGUGCACAGGACAAUCAAAUAUGGAGGAAUAUUUCUCUAUCCGGCAACCAAGACUCACCCAACUGGCAAGCUUCGACUUUUAUACGAAUGUAUCCCAAUGGCUUACAUACUUAAGGAAGCCGGCGGUUUAGCAUCAAACGGGGAAACUGAUAUUUUAAACGUGGUACCCGAGACUAUUCAUCAAAGAUCCCCCAUAUUUUUGGGAUCACGAGAGGAUGUCGAGGAAGUGUUGCAGUUCAUUCAGAAGCACAAGACAUCGUGAAGCGUCGAGGAAGCAAUUAAGAAGCGGGAGAACACGUUAACAAUUUUAUUUAAUCGAAUAAUUUGUUGAUAUUACGAGUAUAACGGUGUUUUAUGAAUUCUAAUCGUA